UUCACUGCCACUGCUUAGAAUUGUGCUCACCCUCCACCACCCCAGCACCACCUGUUGUUUGGAUCUGCUUCUAGAUACUGGGGGGGUUUUCUGGUAUUCCUCCUGUUCAGUAGGGGAGAUGCAUAGUACUCCCUGUUAGUAGUGCACACACCACUACCUGAGGCAGAUCCAUCCGGCGCCGAACCAAAUGUGUAUUUACGUAUUCAUGUAAUACUUAACAUGGAAUGGACAACUUAACAACAAAAAAGACAGUAACUACCGGGGGGAGCUCUGGAGCGUCUGGGAACGUUGUAACUGAGACCGUAACCACCACUACUAGACUUACAACUCUACCUCCAAAGGGCGCCAGUGCCGCCGUUAGCAGUCAAAAGACUGUGUCCUCAGAAAGUUCUGGGGGGGCGGUACUAGUGGAGAAGAAAAUCAUCACAGUGAGCAGUAGCGGCAGCAGCAGCAAUGCCACAACCACAUCUGGAGGGCUUUCUAUUGGAGUGUCUGCUGCCUCUGGAGAAGCAGGAGGUGCAGGAGGAGUCGUAACCAUCAGCUCAGGAGGCACUACCACAGCAGGAGGUUCUACAGGAGGAGGUUCUGCCAGAAGAGGGUCCGCAGGUAUCGUUACUGUCACAAGCGCGACCACAACAGGAGUUUCUACAGGAGGAGGUUCUGCAGAAAAAGGCAUUGUUACUGUCGCAAGCACUACCACCUCAGGAGUUUCUACAGGAGGAGGUACCACAGGAAAAACCAUCGUUUCUGUCGCAAACACUACCACCUCAGGAGUUUCUACAGGAGGAGGCUCCACAGGAAGAGGCAUCGUUACUGUUGCAAGCACUACCACCUCAGGAGUUUCUGCAGGAGGAGGUUCCACAGGAAGAGGCAUCGUUACUGUUGGAACCUCUACCACAGCAGGAGGUUCUACCGGAGGAGGUUCUGCCAGGAGGGGCUCCAGAGGCACCAUCCCCGUCGUGAGCACCUCCUCGGGAGGCGCCAUGGCAACCAUUUCCACGGGCAUGUCGGGGGUCACCUCGACGGGGUUCACCUCGACGGGGUUCUCGUCAGGAGGAGGCAUGGGAGGAGGCCUGGGGGGAGGCAUGGGAGGAGGCAUGGGAGGAGGCGUCGGAGGCGGCGCGGGGAUGAGCACCGUAACCAUGACGACCGCCACCAAGGGGAGCUACAGCUCGGGCGGGUCGGGGGGGCAGAAGAGGACGCACGGCUCCUCCCCCUCCUCCCCCAGCUACUCCCCUGUCCCCGCGGAGAGGAAGAUGGUGAUAAACCGCUCGAUGGGGUAUGCAGAAAGUUCCAGUGAGACCUCUUCCCCAGAAUAUACGAGAAAGGACUAUGGCACAGCUUCCAGCAGGGGGAGGACCCAGACCCGAGAGAGCGAGAUUAGAGCAAGACUGCAGAGUGCCUCACCGUCCACCAGAUGGACGGAGCUGGAUGACGUGAAGAGGCUCUUGAAGGGGAGCCGAUCCUGCAGCAUCAGCCCUCCCCGCUCCCCGACCAACACCCUGCCCAUCCCCAAAAAAAAAGCCACUCUGGAACGGGUUGUCACUGAGGGGAGCCAGUCAGGGCAGUACGAAGCCUCCGACCUGCAGUCUAUCUUCUGGAGCAACUCGAACGCUAACUACGGCUUCAGCAACGCGAACAACAUGGGAGCACUUCAGGGAAUCCCGAAUAACCUGGCUCUGUCUGGAGGGGCUGGGAACGCCGGUGUGAACACCGGCGGCAUGGUAUAUGGUGUUAUGAAUAACCUCAGUUCCGCCGGCGGUGGUGUUCUAACUGCGAAUGGAGUCAACACCAAUGCAGUGUACGGAGUUCCGAAGAACACCGGCCCCGCAAUCAGCGCGCCGGGCAUCUCCGCUGCGACAGUGGCUCCCAGCGGUCCAAUGGGUGACGACGUCUUCCUGAAAGAUUACAAGUACGUGAGCCGGGAGAAGGAGAACGUCCCGGCCAAGAAGGAGUCGGACGUCCUGGUCUCGGCCAUCGACAGCGGCAAGCAGUUCCGCAGCGCGCCGCCGGUCAGCAGCAGCACCGGCUCAGAUUCCUUGAAGAAGGACAAGAAGGUGUCCGGCUCCAUUGAUGGACCCCUGAGUGCAGACACCUUCUAUACAUCUGAGAAGAUGCCUGCAAAAGACAAGGCAGCACAUGCAGAGGUCCGCCAGGAGAAUGGAGGCCUGGAUGGUCUCUGCGGAGGUGGGACCUGCUGUUCCUGGUGGAAAUGGCUGUUGGCUCUGCUCCUCACCCUGCUGCUCCUCCUGGGCCUCCUGAUUGGACUCAUUGCACUUGCGGAGGAGGUGAAGCGGCUGAAGGCGAGGGUCGACGCCCUCGAGGGGGCCUCCAGCGCCCACACAAGUCGCCUCUCGUCGGGCGUCAACAUCAUCGACCCCCUGGACUCCACGUACGUGCAACGCACCGGCCUGGCGAGGACGGACAACACGGUCGACCUGGGCACCCAGCCCGGCACGGACAGUGCCGCCCUGCAGAAGACCGUCCAGCUGCUGCUGAGGAAUGAGCUUCAAUCUGAGUCUAUGAGAGUACACCUUGCCUCCUCGAUCAAAGGAGAGAGAGGGGAGCCGGGACCUAAAGGUGAUACUGGAAGUCCUGGUCCUCCGGGUGUUAAAGGUGAUCUGGGUUCACCAGGUGGUCAAGGUCCUCCAGGUCUUAUCGGACACCCCGGGCAGGAAGGGCCACGUGGACCAAAAGGAAGUGCAGGGGAACCUGGACCGGACGGCCCACCUGGGCAGAGAGGCCGAGAGGGACCAGCGGGACCCCGUGGAGAGCCAGGUCCUCCAGGAGUUGGAGAGAAGGGUGACAGAGGUAAUGCUGGUGAACCUGGACUUCUAGGCCCACCUGGACAGCCAGGUCCACUGGGACCCAAAGGUGAUGGAGGUGCCCAGGGUGCUCCAGGCGCACCUGGUGCCCCAGGUUUACAAGGUUUCCGUGGAGACACAGGACCACAAGGACCAAAAGGUGAACCAGGAAGUGCUGGGCCACCAGGAGUCAAAGGUGAAGGUGGGGAGAAAGGUCCCCGAGGCCCAGCAGGUGAACCAGGCCAAAGGGGGCCACCAGGACCCCCCGGUGAGAAAGGACCUAAAGGAUCUGUGGGUCUCCCUGGUUCUGAUGGAGAGAAAGGCCCCAGAGGGGACCAAGGACCGGCUGGGUUGCCAGGAGCCAGGGGGCCGGCUGGGCCCCCAGGAGACGGGGGUAACCCAGGGUCACCUGGACUUCAAGGACCACCAGGUAUUCCAGGAAACCCUGGGACACCUGGCCAGAAAGGUGACCCCGGUGAAGCUGGAAAAGUCAUUAACGCAGCCGGCUCCAGCUCAGUGUCCAUCCCUGGUCCUCCUGGCAGUCCUGGACCUCCCGGUCCUGCUGGACCCCCUGGUUUGUCUGGUCCCAUUGGCCCUGCUGGAAUUCCUGGUCAGGCUGGCCCUAAGGGGUCCCCCGGUGAGAAAGGAGAGAAGGGACCGAAAGGAGACAAGGGAGACAAAGGGGAGAGGGGCGACAGGGGCGAGAGGGGCGAGCCCGGUCAACCUGGGAGAACCGUCGAAGGACCUUCUGCUCCCAAAUACGAGAGUGAACCUGGCCGCCCUGGAGCUGCUGGACCUCCUGGAACACCUGGAGCUGCUGGAUCCCCAGGUAUUCCCGGGCCCCCCGGACCCCCAGGACCCCCCGGACCAGCAGGACCAGCAGGACCAGAGGGCCCUGAGGGAAGAGCUUCAGUUGGCCAACCAGGUCAACCUGGUCCAGCAGGUCCCCCAGGACAGCCAGGAGUCGGAGCGCCCGGACCCCCCGGUGAAAGAGGAGAGCCGGGAAGCUUUGUGCCAAACCAAGGGGCAUUCUUUGCUGGGCCUCCCGGUCCUCCAGGCACUCCUGGACCUCAGGGACCAGAGGGGCAAAGAGGUGAAAAGGGAUACGAUGGACAGCCAGGGCAGCCUGGUCUACCAGGAAGUCCCGGGCCUCCUGGUGAACCUGGCAGAGAGCAACCUGGUGCACCUGGUAUUCCUGGGCCUCCUGGUGAACCUGGAAUAGGAUUCCCAGGUGCGGAAGGACAACCGGGACCUCCUGGUCCAUUAGGGCCACCGGGUCCCCCAGGACCACUUGGGCCGCCGGGGCAACCAGGGCCUUCAGGACCCCAAGGACCACCGGGCCUCACUGGUGAAGCUGGGGUGCCAGGUGCACCUGGAAUCCCCGGAUCUUCAUCAGGUGGCCCCUCGAGAAGUGCUCCAGGUCUACCCGGCCCCCCAGGUCCUCCUGGUCCUCCAGGCGUCCCAGGGUCUGGCUCCGGCUCCCCGGCUGAAAAUGUCCGCCAGGAAGUUGUGAACUAUCUUCAAAGUGAAGGCAUCAGGCAGUACCUGGCUGGCCCCCCAGGGCCUCCUGGCCCACCUGGACCCCCAGGGAUUGGCUCAGGUGGGCCGUCUCUGGACGAGCUGGCCAAUCGCAUGAUCAACUACAUCCAGAAUGGCGGUAUCAGCAGCGGGACCCCAGGUCCUCCCGGCCCCCCCGGCCCCCCUGGAACUGUGUCCAUGAAUGACAUCGUCUCUCUGCUCCAGAGGGAAGACGUGCGGCAGUUUGUGAUUGGUCCUCCCGGUCCUCCCGGCCCUGCUGGUCCUCCGGGCUCCGACAAUAGCGACUAUCCUUCCUUUAACCCGCAGGAAGUGGCCGGGCGUGUCCUGAGCCUCAUGAACGAACAAGAGAACGAGCGCUUGCGUGGCCUCCCAGGGCCUCCUGGGCCCCCAGGCCUACCUGGCACCCCUGGGGACAUUUCCAGUUUGCUCCAAGGCUUAGGACCUGAGAAGCUGUCUGGACCCCCUGGACCUCCAGGACCCCCUGGCCCCCCAGGACAGACUGGCCCCCCAGGACCCACCGGGGACAGUGGCUUCGGCUACAGGCUGGACGAAAUUCGGGACUACCUGCAGCGAGAUGGGUUCGUUGGACCCCCAGGCCCCGUCGGGCCCCCUGGUCCCCCUGGCCCGUCGGGGUCCGCUGGGGUGGGGAGAGGAUUGGUGUCCUACGCAGAGAACACAGGACAGGCUUUUUUCCGCGCUGAGCUGCAGGAAUAUCUCAGUAACGAGAACACGCGUCGGUUCAUCAUGGGGCCCCCGGGUCCUCCUGGCCCUCGCGGACACAAAGGAGAUCGAGGCGACCCCGGAUCCCGCGCAUCAAGGGUGUCCGAAGCUCUCGACUACCCAGACGUGGCUCUAAAAGUGACGGAUUACAUCAAGACCCAGGGCCUGUUGCGGGAAGUCGUCAAUGAGGGCCCCCAGCGAGUCCACUUCCGCCACGACCACGGGCCCCCGGGACCCCCUGGACCGCCAGGACCACCUGGGCCCCCAGGACACACGCAGUACAGCGGUUUCCACGGCAACGUGACCGAAGAGCUUGUGAAGUUCGUCAGAACGAACGGGGCCAUCGUCGGUCCACCAGGAAGGCCGGGACAGAAAGGAGAGAUGGGAUACACUGGACACAAAGGGGAAAGAGGUGAAACUGGACCACCCGGAAUCAGGGGACAGAAGGGUGAAAAAGGAGAGGCGUCGGGGUCAGUUUGGCGGAAGAAGCGGCACAGUGGUGUGUAAAAUGGCGGGAAACAGUAUCUGGUGUAGGUGCACCGAGCUGCACCAAUCAGAUGAGAACUUUUCAGCUCCUCUGUGUCCAUUGGGCACAUAUCAAGCCCAGGCUGUGGGAGACAAUACUGCUUUGUAUGUUACAUAGAUAUAGUUUCCCGUGAAACAAGUGUUCUUCUUUACUAUAAAUAUUUACUACAUUACUAGUUAGGGGGAACAUUUAUGAGUUGAGGGACUUAGUAGAUAUGUUCCAUAUAGCACUGAAUCUUAAAACCACUCACUGGACUGUAAAUGUGACUGUAGCAGUGUACUAUAGUCCACACUGUAGAAAUAAGCUUUUAACGGGGACUCAAACUUUGCUUGUAAAAAUAAAAUGGGGGGGAAAAACGGGUAUUCAGUGCAAAGCGCAAUAGUAAACCGGACACUUUCGUUUUAGAUUAGUUGUUUUGUUUCAACAUUCUAGUCAAAUGUUGGGUAUAUGUUUGGUACUAUUCAAUUAGAGUAGUAGUGUUUAUGAAUUACUUAGUAUUGAAAUAACAGGCAUAGGUUAGUCAAACACUGUGUAGCUAAAGUAUGUAGUAUGUAGCUAGUCGAAUAAUAUGAAGAGGGUGUAAUAUCUAAUGUUCUUGUUAUUUCUGUUUUUUUAUAGUGUUUACCAUUUUGUACUUUUGAAAAAUUACUUUUGCAGAGCUUUAGAGAUGACGAUACAGCUUGGGGCUAAGUAUGCUAGUCUCACACAGAUUAAGGCCGGAAACAAACCCUACGCAAGUACGCAAACGCAAAUGACAACGCCAGGCCGACACACUGCAAACGCACAUCCUAGUUUGUACACACUGUGGACACGUGCGUUCUUAUGUCCAUGUGGAGGUAAUGAACCCGAUUCCUCAAAGGGGCAAUCCAGGACAGAUGUAAAAGACUUCGCCAAAAAAAAAAAAAAAACAGAAAUUGAAGAAGGCGGCUUCAUCCUGCCGGUAUCUGCUAUAGCGCCCCCUCGCUGCGACGCUCGAUACUGCAGCUCGCGCUUGUGUUGCGUCAGGAAUUUCAAGUGAUACAUUUUGAAAAGCAACGACGUGUGAAACGGACUUUCCGUAGCUAGAAGCGGCUACGUUCGCGUACUUUGCGUAUGGUAUGUUUCGGGCCUAAAUCUCCACCAAACACUACAUUGUAAUGUGUGUUUUAAUUACAGAGCUUAAUAAAGCUGUUCUUUUUUCCAUUUUUCA